AUGCAGAAGCCGAACGUCUCCGAUUCGCGCAUGGCAGAGUUGCAGCGGAGGGAGCAACAGUCCUUGAACCGGCUCCAGCAGCUCACCGAGCUCCAGACGCUGCAGAGAUAUGCUCUCAGGAGCUUGCCGGAGCAAUCUCAGCAGCUUCCACAGCAGCAGCCACAGCAGCUUCCACAGCAGCUUCCACAGCAGCAGCCACAGCAGCGGCCACAGCAACAGCCGCGCAAGCCGCAGCAGCAGCUGCAGCAACAGCCGCAGCCGCUGCAGCUGCAGCCACAGCUACAGCACCAGGAACAGCAGUACGUGAAUCAGCAGCACUUGCAGCAGCAACAGCAGAAACUGCAUGAUCAGCUGCAAGAACAGUUGCAGCUACAGCAGCAGCAACAAUUGCAACAGCAACAGCUGCUGCAACUGCAGCGCUUGCAGCAGCAGCAGAAGCUACAACCUGGGAGAUGGGCUUCCCGGACCGGCAGCCGGGCAUUCAAGGCCUGGAUUUGUCAGCACCCUUCCCGGGCAUGGUAG